GCAGCAAGUCUGUUAUGUAACUGGGCCGCCUGAAUGCAUGUCAGAGGACAGCAAAUGAAAAGCAACUUGUUUCUUCAGUUAGUUCUUUUUGCAGAGGAGCACCGAGUCUGCAGCCAGCGAAACCAACAGUGCUGAGGAUGAAGAUAGCAGUGAUUGGCCAGAGUUUGUUUGGGCAGGAGGUUUACAAGAAGCUGAGGAAGGAAGGUCACAUGAUUGUAGGAGUCUUCACCAUUCCAGACAAGGACGGCAAAGCUGAUCCACUGGCUACAGAGGCAGAAAAGGAUGGUGUUCCUACCUUUAAGUUCCCCCGUUGGCGAGUGAAAGGGAAGGCUAUUGCAGAGGUGGUGGAUCAGUAUAAAGCUACAGGAGCCGAACUCAACGUCCUACCCUUCUGCUCUCAGUUCAUCCCCAUGGAGGUCAUUGAUCACCCCAAGCAUGGCUCUAUAAUCUACCACCCCUCUCUGCUCCCUCGCCAUCGGGGAGCUUCUGCCAUCAACUGGACUCUUAUGCAUGGUGACAAAGUGGGCGGUUUCACUAUAUUCUGGGCUGAUGAUGGACUGGACACAGGACCUAUCCUGCUGCAGAGAGAGUGCCAUGUUGACCCAAAUGAUACAGUCAACACAAUCUACAAGAGAUUUCUCUUCCCAGAGGGGGUUAAAGGCAUGGUGGAAGCUGUGAGGCUGAUUGCAGAAGGGAAGGCUCCAAGGAUCGUACAGCCACAGGAAGGGGCCACGUAUGAGUGCAUCCAGAAGAAAGAAAAUGCUAACAUCGACUGGAACCAGUCAGCUGAGGCUCUCCACAACUGGAUCAGAGGAAAUGACAAAGUACCCGGGGCCUGGACAGAGAUUGAUGGACAGAAAAUCACUUUCUAUGGUUCUACUCUGGUGAGUAACGACAUAGUGGCCAACGGCCAACUCCUGGAAAUUCCUGGAGCCAGCCAGCCCGGCAUGGUCACCAAGACUGGACUGGUACUGUUUGGUAACGACGGCAAAAUGCUUCUGGUGAAAAACCUGCAGUUUGAAGAUGGAAAAAUGAUUCCUGCAGCACGGUAUUUCCAGUCAGGAAGCAGUGCUGCUGUGAAACUCACUGCAGAGGAGGAAACCUUUGCCACGAAGAUGAAGGCUGUGUGGCAGAGCAUCCUGACUAAUGUGAGCCAGGUUGAAGACUCGACAGACUUCUUUAAGUCUGGAGCUGCUUCAAUGGAUGUCGUCAGGUAACAAACAUAGUUUCUUCUUACUUUACCUUUUUUCUUGUUUAAUGUUGUUUUGCACAUGAUUACAUUUAUUUUAAAUUAACUAAAGAAUGGUGUCAAUAAAUUCACAUAUUUAUAAAAUCAGAUUUCCUUUAUAGGGACAUUUGCUGUA